GAAAAUAUCCGUUCACACCCAUUACACGGGAAGCGCCGACACCAACACAUUGAGCACAAGGCGAAUACGUAAUCCUGGUUGUUUGCCGGAAAACGCAAAUAAAUCGCAAAUUUUGAAAGAAAUGCAGUCCGUUCUGGCCUCGAUGCGUGCUCUGGCCCUGCGCCAGCCGGCGGCGGAGUCACUCCGGCUGCUGCACCUGUCCGCAGUGAGUGAGGCAGCUCGCAAGGGAACCCGAGAGAAGGCACGAAAGAAGAAAGUUAAGGUGGAGGUGAAGAAGGUGGGAUUUAUUCCGCACAACCAGCGCAACAAAAAGAUCAACGUGAAGCGGGCAGACAAGCAUGUGGACGACUCCUGGAAGCAGGUGCCAAAGGACGACUGUUAUGUUGGCCGCUACUACCGCUGGCCGGUGUACUCCGUGUCGGAGGCCAUCCAGUGUCACCGGGAGACGCACCAUCCCAGCAUGUACAACGUUCCUAAGGCGCCCCUAAACGUGGACAUCGAGCUGAACAUGCAAGCUGAGAAGAUCACUCGCUUCGUGGACAAUUUUCAACGUAUGGCCAUGAUUCCACAUAAGUUUGAUCACGGAGAGGAGCGCAAAAUCAUAGUCUUUACCAAAGGAAACAACGAAGUCAUGGAGGCUCGGGAAGCGGGCGCGUCCCUGGUGGGUGGCGUAGAACUAAUCAAAGACAUAACUAGUGGCGAGUUGCUGCUCUCAGACUACCAAUACGUCAUUGCCCAUCCCAACAUCCUGGCCGAGCUUGUAGCUCUGCGCGGCCUGAUGAAGCGAAAGUUCCCUAAUCCCAAGAGCGAGACGCUGGGCACCAACCUCGCCGAGAUGAUCGUCAAGUUCUCCAGCGGGAUAAGCUACAGCGCUUUGAAGGAUGAGUACCAGCAGAAUUUCGGCCUGAUAACGGCCUGCGUCGGAACCUUGGAUAUGGAAGCUCAGAAGCUGGAGGAGAACAUCCAGCACCUGCUGCAGGACAUCAACACGAUGAGACCCAAACGCGAGGGUCGCUUCAUCACCCGAGUUUUGCUGAAGAGCCCGCCCAGCAGUGAGCAGCUGAAGAUUGAUCCCUUUGUCUACGUGCCGGAGAUGUGGGACAAGAGCUCGGCGAGGGUGAAAAAGGAGGAAGUCAAAAAGCAGGCGGAACCGGAGGAGCCCCAAGAAGCCGUGGCCGCCAACUAAUUAUCAUACAUGCAUAUGUAUUCUUGUUCAUGGAUCGCUUGUGCAUACCUUAAACUUACUUCUUCUAAAGUC